AUUGAAAUUUGUUUAUAGCUGUGUUUAUUAUUUUAUUCUAUUAUAAAACAAGAAAUUUUUAAUAUUCAAUAUAUUGCAAACACUUUUUAUCAAAUAGUUGAAGAUCCGAAUCUAUAAAUAGAUAUCAGUUUACGAGCUUCCCUCACCUCACCUCACCUCACCUCAUUCCAUUAUGGCCAUCUCUCCAAUUUUGUUGUUUGCUAUCUUCUCUCUCAUUUAUGGCAAUGGCGUUCUUCCCAUUGAAGCUACCCACCAUGUUUAUAGAAAUCUUGAGAGUCUGUCUUCUGAUUCCUCCAAUCAACCUUAUAGAACUGGUUAUCACUUUCAACCUCCCAAGAAUUGGAUUAAUGAUCCUAAUGGACCAAUGAGGUACAAAGGACUUUACCAUUUGUUUUAUCAAUACAAUCCAAAAGGUGCUGUUUGGGGCAAUAUUGUUUGGGCCCACUCUGUAUCAAAGGAUCUAGUGAAUUGGACCCCACUAGAUCCUGCCAUCUAUCCUUCUCAACCGUCUGAUAUCAAGGGGUGUUGGUCAGGCUCAGCCACUAUGCUUCCUGGGGGCAAGCCAGCCAUUUUAUAUACAGGAAUUAACCCCAACAAUCAUCAAGUUCAAAACCUAGCCAUCCCCAAAAACAUGUCUGACCCAUUACUUAGGGAGUGGAUUAAGUCACCCAAAAAUCCAUUAAUGGCACCAACUACAGGUAACAAAAUAAAUUCAAGCUCAUUUAGAGACCCUACCACUGCUUGGUUAGGCAAAGAUGGGUAUUGGAGGGUGUUGAUUGGAAGCAAAGUAAAUACUAGAGGAAUGGCAAUUUUGUAUAAGAGUAAAAACUUUGUUAAUUGGGUUCAAGCUAAACAACCACUACAUUCAGCUGAAGGCACUGGAAUGUGGGAGUGUCCAGAUUUCUAUCCAGUUCUAGAUAAGAGCCCAUUAACCAUUGGUCUUGACACGUCUAUGAAUGGUGAUAAUGUUAGACAUGUACUCAAGGUUAGCUUGGAUGAUACAAAACAUGAUCAUUAUUUGAUUGGGUCUUAUGACACUUCCAAGGAUGUCUUCAUUCCGGAUAACGGAUUUGAAGAUGACCAAUCCAUUUUGAGAUAUGAUUACGGAAAAUAUUAUGCCUCAAAAACAAUUUUUGAUGAUGGAAAGAACAGAAGGGUCUUAUUGGGUUGGGUUAACGAAUCCUCAAGUGUUGCGGACGAUAUCAAGAAAGGAUGGUCUGGAAUCCAUACUAUUCCAAGGGCCAUCUGGCUUCAUAAAUCGGGAAAACAGUUGGUGCAAUGGCCGGUGGUGGAAAUUGAAAGCCUGCGUGUGAACCCUGUUGUCAACUGGCCCACCAAAGUGGUCAAAGGUGGUGAACUGCAUCAAGUUGCUGGUGUUACUGCAGCACAGGCUGAUGUUGAAAUUUCAUUUGAAGUGAAAGAGUUUGGAGAGGCUGAAAUAUUGGACCAUUGGGUAGAUCCCCAAGUUCUGUGUGGUAGAAAAGGUGCAGCCGUUAAAGGUGGUUUGGGACCUUUUGGUCUGCUAGUUUUUGCUUCUCAAGGCUUGAAAGAGUACACGGCAGUGUUCUUUAGAAUAUUUAGAUACCAGCAUAAAAAUUUGGUUCUCAUGUGUAGCGAUCAAAGCAGGUCUUCUUUGAAUAAAGAUAACGAUAUGACCACUUAUGGGACUUUUGUGGAUGUGGACCCUCUUCAUGAGAACCUGUCGUUAAGAAGUUUGAUUGAUCACUCAGUAGUUGAGAGUUUCGGGGGAGAAGGAAAGGCAUGCAUCACAGCUAGAGUAUAUCCCACAUUAGCAAUCAAUGAUAAGGCACAACUAUAUGCUUUCAAUAAUGGAACUGCUGCUGUCAAGAUCACAAGAUUGAGUGCUUGGAGCAUGAAGAAGGCAAAAAUCAACUGAAAACAAACAUUAACGACUGAAGAGAACCAAAUACAGCAUUACUGUAACCAAUACUUGCGUUCUUUUAUUAGUGCCUCCAAAUUUUAUUACUGUACCGUGACAACUGUGCGUGGUAUUCAUUUGAUAAGAAAUGUAAGGAAAAAAAUAAUGUUUUGUAAACAUAUUUUUGAUAAUAUGUUAUCCAUCUAAUUCAUAUUCUU